AUGUCAGGCGCAGGAAGACACCCGAGAAAAGUAGAGCACAUGUUCUGUCAGGCGAUUUGUCUGUCCUUGAGGCCCGAGGCCUUCCGUGCGGAGUAAUAUCGGUUGCCGGUUCUUUGGCAAGAGGAUAUAUUUCAGAAGGAUCGCCGGGGGGAUCCAAUCAGGGACGAUGGCCGGUAGAUUCCUUCCCACCAUUUGCUCGCACGGACGACGGAGAUUAGGCCUACCGCGAUGUGUUCCUUUGCCGCGAGAUGCGGCCGGAACACAGUUUUUUCGGACAGAAGAGAACUUCAAGUCGUGCACCGUAGUACGUUUCUCAGACGAAAGAGGUGCGCAACUACGAGGCGAAGUAGUAACGCCCCUUGGAGUCGACCAGAUAGAUAUUAUCCGCGAAAGGCGGCGGCAGUCUCAUGAACUCAAGCAUUCGAGAUUUCGGACACGGCUCUUCUCGUCAGCAUCCGCUCCAUUAUCACCACAGCCGACAUCGUCGGUGGUCGGACCAGCACCCGACGCCGCAAAAGCAGGGCAUGGGGAGCUGAGUGAGAAUGAAUUUCACCGUCGCGCAGACGAAGCCCUGCACUGGCUGCAUGAGAAACUCGAUGCUCUAGGUGAUGAGGUGGACAUUGAAGGCUUUGAUUCUGACCUGUCACAAGGAGUCCUGACUCUUCGACUUGGUCGACACGGCAUCUUUGUGAUCAACAAGCAAGCCCCGAACAGGCAGAUAUGGCUCUCAUCCCCCCAAAGUGGUCCAGCUCGCUUUGACUGGUUACCAGGUCAUGGGUGGGUGUAUCGCCGCACAGGAACAGAGCUCAUGUCACUCUUGCAGGAGGAGCUAAGAGCAUGCCUAGGCGAUGGAGUUGUUCCUUCGCUCACACUGCCACCUCACAUAUAGCGUGCUGGGGUGAUAAGGUCUUCUGGCUUUUUAUUCCCCAGGUCCUGCUAAAAGCACAGGCUUCUAUUACCGUGAGAAGUGCUAUUGGUCGAGGGUUGCAGGAAGGCUGGGAUCUCAAGCUAAAUCUGCAGGCAGUGGGAGUCAAAUAAACCGCUAUGCAAUUCGCAGUGAAAUUUAGAGAGCUGAUGAGAGCAUGGCCAAGAGUGGAUCUGGGAGACAGAGGCCUACAUACGUUUUACUGCGUACCUUUGCCUUCAUCCAUUUUUCCAUCCCUCCCUUAGCUCUUACUGCUCCCUCCAUCCCCCCAGUCUUCUUCCCUUCCCCCACUUUCCUCCCUUUCCGCUGUACCAUCUUGUUGACCCCUGUCCUCAGCUUUCUCCUUUCCCCCCCCCUUCCUUCCUCUCCCUUAUGCUAGUACUAACCCCCCCCUCCCCCCCUUCUACCUUCCAUCGUGCCUCACUUCAUCCCUCGUUCCUUUUCCUCUCCCCCAUUUCACUGCCUUCUCCCAUCCAUCUUCCAUUGCUUCCACCGUGCGCUCCUUCCUACAUGCCUUGCUUCUCUCCCCACCUCCCUCCCUCCACCGUACCUUCCUUGAUUCCAUCCAUCCCUCUCCCUCUUCGUGCCCCUCUUGCAUCCAUCCAUCACUCGUUUGGCGGGUCUUUUGGUGGGUUAUUCGAUGGCGCUGCUGAGCAAGGCAUGUGGAGGAGUGUGCAGUACCAUGUCUAAGGGUGUAUUCUUACGAAGAAGCAUCAGCAUCAUAAUGACCUAGACUGAUACUGAUGCUACUUCAGACGCAUCCGUUUUGCAGCCUGGAGAUCAGAAAUACACAUCCCCAUUCGCAGGUCACAUUUUGCCAUCCACGUGGCAGCCAUGCUACAUUGGUUCUUGAUUUUCACGA